UCAGUCCACUGGCAUCGUUUGUAUUGAGCACAUGUGUCAAUAAGUGAAUACCGUAUUAUACAAUAUGUUCUAACUAGUGUUGUGCGAUGUAUACAUAAAUUUAUAUAACAUUUCUACUACUAUUUCGAUCAGUCAUCAGUUGAUUAACGCAAGGUGAUUUCAAUUAGGACCUGUUCUAUACAGUUUAGUAAUGUACCUACUUGACAAUAGAUGACACUGGUAUCGUUGGAGCGGUGCAAACGUGUGUUAAGUAACAAGAAUACAUAAAUAGAGAAAUACAAAAUGAGCAAAGAAGUCAAUCCCGAUCUGGUGAAGGAGAGGAAAGCCUGCACCUUCAACGUGACCGAAUUGGUACACAUCAUCGAUGGAGGAGAACAAGCCACCAAGGAGAGGAAGGAAGUUGAGGAAAUGGUGCUGCAAAUCAAAGACAUAAGGGACAAAGUACCAGAGGAGUAUUUAAGUCACAAGGAGAGAUACGAGAAUGCUGUAAGGAAGACCGUCCUGAUGGUCGAGGUUUUGAAAGAGCAUGCGCUCAGACACUCGUCAUUCGAUGCCUACAAACCAUCGAAUAUGUACCGAAUUCAAAGCGGUAUCGUUAAAGAUAUAUCUCCGUUUAUGUUGCACAUGGGCAUGUUUGUGCCAACAAUAUUCGGCCAGGCCUCCCCCGAACAAAUGUCGGAGUGGUUACCGAAGGCGCUGUCAUUGCAGAUCGUGGGAACGUACGCACAGACGGAGCUUGGUCACGGAACUUUCCUCAGAGGUCUUGAGACAACUGCCACCUAUGAUCCCAAAACUGAGGAGUUCAUCAUUAACAGCCCAACAAUCACGUCUUACAAAUGGUGGCCUGGUGGCUUGGCUCAAACUGCAAACCACUGCAUCGUCGUCGCCCAACUCUACAGCAAGGGCCAGUGCUACGGUGUCCACCCCUUCUUCGUGCAGAUCAGAGACUUGGAAACCCACGUACCACUGCCCGGUGUCAAAGUAGGAGAAAUUGGGCCCAAAUUAGGUUUCCAAACUGCCAACAAUGGAUUCCUGGGAUUCCAAAACUUCAGAAUACCUAGGAAUUGCAUGUUGAUGAAAAAUUCACAGGUUUUGAAGGACGGAACAUACGUGAAGUCUAAGAGCGACAAGUUGACAUAUGGAACCAUGGUGCUCAUCCGAGUGAUGAUUGUCGCUGACGCCGCUUACGAGAUUGGCAGGGCUGCCACCAUUGCCGUCCGGUACUCUGCCGUCAGGCAUCAGUCCAAGCCGAAACCCGAUCAACCUGAACCACAGAUCAUAGACUACGUGACGCAACAGCACAAGCUGUUCAUCGCUAUCGCAACCAGUCAUGCCUUCAGGAUAACUGGUACCUGGCUGUGGGACACCUACUCUAAAGUUGUCGCCGAUUUGGGACAAGGAAAAUUGGAUCAGCUGCCAGAGCUCCACGCUAUUGCGUGCUGCUUGAAGGCCGUCUGCAGUCGCGACGCUAGCGCCUGUGUGGAGCAGUGCCGGCUGGCUUGCGGUGGACAUGGUUUCAUGUUGUCCUCUAACCUUCCCAUCAUCUACGGUCUCGUCACCGCCACGGUCACCUACGAGGGUGAAUACACCGUCAUGAUGUUGCAGACCGCUAGAUACUUAGUCAAGGCAUGGAAGCAAGCGGUGGACGGCACAGCUUUGACACCAACAGUGGCCUAUUUGCUCAACUACCUCAACAACAGCGGCCGUAAAUGGGACAACACACCUGAGGGAAUUAUUGCUGGCUUCCAAGCUGUGGCUGCUGGAAAAAUCAAGGAAGCUUACGAGGCUAUUCAGAGACACCAGAAGGAAGGCCAUGAUUACGAAGACUCCUGGAAUCUGGCUUCCGUGCAGCUCGUCAACGCCAGUGAUGCUCACUGCCGUGCCAUCCUGUGCGAGGUAUUCUUUACUGAAGUGCAGAAGUUAUCGUCAACAAUUUCCGCGCCUCUGGCAUUAGUGCUGCAACAGCUUGCCGAGCUGUACCUUACAUACUGGACCCUGGAGAAGGGAGGAGACCUCUUGGUGCAUUCUUCGAUAACGAAGAACGACUUGGUCUGGCAACGACAGAGAUACGAGCAGCUGCUGGCAGUCAUCAGACCGAAUGCUGUCGGUCUUGUUGACUCAUUCGACGUCAGGGAUGAGAUCCUGAACUCCACGUUGGGCGCGUACGACGGCCGCGUCUACGAGCGUCUGUUUGAGGAAGCCAUGAAGAGUCCUCUGAACCAGGAGCCGGUGAACAGCUCCUUCCACAAGUACAUCAAGCCGUUCAUUGAGAAGUCUAAGCUGUAAAUUAAUAACUUAAUUGUAUAUACGAGGUAGAUGUAUAUGGGAUAUGAUUCUUUUAUAAAUACUUAUUUA